AUGGUUAAUUUGACGCCGUCAGCAAAAAAAGAUCGUGUGACUACUACUACCACUACCACUACCACUACCACUACUCCUACUACCAGUACGACAACUACUACUAAUAAUAACAAUACUACUAGUGCAGAUACGACAAAGGACAAUCCCAUUACAGAUGGAGACACUUUAUUGAUUAAUCCCGCCCUCCUAGAUGUUGUGCCACCAUUUCGGUUUGCCGUUGUGGAAGAAGGAGUCUAUCGGGGUGCUUACCCUACUCUGCGAAACUUUCCUUUUCUACAUGAUCUGAAAUUGCGUACCAUUGUGUCACUGACACCAGAAGAACCAACAUACGACCUGAGUUCUUUUGCCAAUGCAGAGGGUAUAACCUUGCGUCAUAUUCGAGUUGAGCGAUACAAGGGUGAGGCACAGUUAUUACCAACAGAUAUGAACGAACUUCUUCAAAUACUAAUUAACGUAGAAAAACAUCCAAUAUAUAUUCACUGCCUUGACGGUCGCCAAGUUGUUGGUCUGGCCAUUAUGGGAUUACGUAAACUUCAGCAGUGGGAUGUGAACUCCAGUCACUUGGAGUACCAGCGGUUUGCAAGGACUGUGCAGGAUGAGGUGGCAUUUAUUGCUGAUUACAGUGGUCCCAUUCUCGUCCCAACACAAAUCCCGCCGUGGCUUUGGAAGGGCCGUUGGUAUGAUGCGUCGGGGAAACCAAAGCGCCUCAACGUGGGUGUCCGCCUGAAGUUCCCAUCACUAUUGCGGGAUGCCGAGACCUCCGCCCCGUCCCACGGCAGCAAUGGGAACUCUGCCGCCACUACAUCACCGCUCCACACCGUGAUUGUCACGCCCACCCGUCAAAGCAACAAGAGUAGUGGCAACAAUAAUAAUAAUAAUAGUACGAACAACAACAACAACAAUAGUAGCGAGGCGGGUGUGGCGUAUGUGGAUGUGCCGAGCAUAACCCCUGCAGUACCGUUGGGUGGCCGUAAUCACGCGAUGCUCGCAGUGCCGGUGGACCGGCCGGCCGCUGUUGAUGUGCGGUUUCUUUCACUGCGGGCCGCCGCCGAGACCAUCACGGGAAUUCCCUCCGAUGCGUGGGAUGUCCCAACAGCCAAUACACACACCACUACUAUCAACACCAACACAACCUUCACGCACCCGGCCACCACCACAACGGGAUCCGUAAGCGAAAUGUCAGCUGCGAGCCGUGCGACAACACGGCGAUGCACACCGCUUCCCGCACCCGCAUCACUGUGGGACGGCGAUGAUGACGCAAAUAACCCACAUCACUCUUGUUAUGUCGCACACUGUGGAUUGACGGGUGGAUCGGUCUGUCGUGCUAGCGAUGGAACCUUGAAUUCUUCUAGUGCGGCGAAACACUCCUCACGUUCGAACCGGCAGCUACAGUUCGUCGGUGUGGAAACAGGUUUAAAGGGACCUCCGGUUGAAUCGAACAAUUCGAUCAAAAAGCCAAGACGUCGAAACUCACUGUGA